UGACCUCAACUCUGACCUGCAGGGUGGGGAUCAUGCUUUCCCGCCUUGCAGAGGAGCUGCAGGGGUAGAGGGAGCUGCCUCGGUGCUGGCUCUUGUCUUAGAGUAAAAGAAACAGCUCUGAGUCUUCUCCCUGGGCGCCGGGCGAGUCGGGGACCUGGAAUGCGCCCUCGGCGGCCGGGAGCGGAGGAAGAUGCUGCAGGCCAGCGGCUACAGCCUGGUGCUCUCCCUGCAGCUCCUGUUGUUGACCUACGACCUCUUCGUCAAUUCCUUCUCGGAGCUGCUCCGCGCGGUGCCCGUCAUCCAGCUGGUGCUGUUCAUCAUCCAGGACAUUGCCAUCCUCUUCAACAUCAUCAUCAUCUUCCUCCUGUUCUUCAACACGUUCGUCUUCCAGGCCGGCCUGGUCAGCCUCCUGUUCCGUAAGUUCAAGGGGACCAUCGUCCUGACGGCCGUGUACUUCGCCCUCAGCAUCGCCCUCCACGUCUGGGUCAUGAACUUACGCUGGAAAGACUCCAACCGCUUUGUGUGGACAGAGGGGCUUCAGACGCUGUUUGUGUUCCAGAGGCUAGCGGCGGUGUUAUACUGUUACUUCUACAAACGCACGGCCAUGAGACUGGGUGACCCUCGCUUCUACCAGGACUCCGUGUGGCUGCGCAAGGAGUUCACGCAAGUCCGAAGGUGACGCGUCACACUGAUGGGUGCCUCCUGCCUGGCAGGGGCCACAUGUGGAUCUCCGAGGGGGACGAUGGCCCUGGGCCUGGGACGCAGCCGAUAGGCUCAGGCCAGUUGUGUCCAGCAGCGGAGAAGCAAGAUCCCCCCUCUUGCAAACUCAGGUUCAGGUGCAGACUCCAGGCCAUGCAUAGCCCACCCCGGCCCUCUCGGCUCUGCCCGCUCCUCUCCCCCCCUCCCCAUCCAC